AUGAGGGACUUGCACUACUCACCCGUCGACAAGCCGCUCAUCCACUGGGAUGCUUGGGCGAAGCAAAACGGCCCCAUCGUGACGGCCAAGCUGUUUGGGAUCGUUCCCAUUAUUAUCCUUAAUACAUCCGAAGUAGCGACCGAACUCUUCGGCAAGCGCAGCCAGUGGUAUAGUAACAGGCCGAGGUCAGUCACAAUGGAGAUGAUCACGGGCGCCGACCCAGGUCAAUCCAAGUUCACUCUCUUGCAUGAUUACGACGCCGACCUCCAACUAUAUCAUCACAUCCUGUCACCAACUAUUGGAGCGCCUUGUACUCCUCGAUAUCAACCCUUAAUGGAACUCGACUCUAUGCAGUUGCUCGUGGAUCUCGUUGCUCUAGCCGAAAGGAGCGAAGAUCAUAUCACCUCGACCGGGAUGGUCUAUCCACUCUUUGAGCGCACCCAGGGCAGCAUCAUAAUGUCAUUGCAUUAUGGUAUGCGUAUUCACACCUGCGAAGAUCUCAUUCUUCAUCAAGUCGUGAGUAUGCAAGCAAAAUUAUCACACCUCGUUGCCCAUCCUGGUCUCCCUGACUCUCUGCCCGCGCUUCGCCGUCUCCCAGUUUUGGUCUCGCCUUGGAAGCGCCACGCCAACAAGAUAUACGACGAACAAAGGAAACUCUACAUGAAGCUUAUGAAUCAUGGUAGAAGCUGUGAGGGGUGGAAAGCAACCAAGCAAGUCAUUGCAGCAACUGAAAAACAGGCCCAAAGCCCCCAUAUUCCGGAUCUCGACCUGGCCUUUAUGCUUGACACUUCUAUCCAAGGCGGCAUGGAGACGUCCCCGCGUCAGAUCCUUUGGCUGUUCCCAGGCUUGAUUCAGAAUCCGGCCUUUCUGAAGAAGGCUCAUACCGUGCUUGACGAGGUUGUCGGCUAUGAUCGUGUCCCGAGUUUCCAAGACCGACCGAGACUACCUCUGAUUGACGCUGCCGUUCAUGAGCUCUUGCGUUGGAGGCCUGUUGCUCCCGGUAGCGUUCCACGGAGGGCCGAGAGACAUUACGAGUACAAAGGGAUAAAGAUUAGAAAGGGAUAA